GGCGGUACAUCAGUUUCAUCGGGACCGUACGCAGCUCGGUCGUGCCCGUCGUCGUCACGCUCCCACUCAUCCCUCUCACGCCCUCGAUCGCGAUCUCGUCUGUAUAUUUUCUCGCGAUCACAUUUUCGUCUUUGCCGAGUCCUCGGCCAGGAUCACUCCUAGGGGGGUUGUCUCUCUUGAUUUGCGUCUAACAGUGUUCGGAGUUUGUCGAAUCGUGGUGGUUCGACAAGUGAAACCGAAAAUACGUGCACUCUUGCACCCGCAAGAUCCGUAGACUAUACCGAUAAACAGUGGUCCGCGUUGAAAUCUCCACGUCGAGCCUAACCGCGAAUUCGGUUCUCUCGUCGUCGUAUGACAUAAUAAUAUUAUUAUAUUUAUCCGGCCGUCGUUUCAACACGCUACUAAUCGCAUUCACAAACCAUACUCCACUCCUGCCACCGAUCUAUAGUGUUGACACGAGUGUACGCCGUGUACCACGUAAUCUAUUUAACUGUACCAGUCAGAAAUCGGAAAUAUGGAUUCUACACUAUGAAUGUGACUUCUACCACUACAAUAAUGAAUGAUUGAGCAAAAAAACCAGUAUAAAAUCUUUUAACGGCUGAAUAAAAGAACAAUGACGGUGCCGAAACAAAACUGAAAUUGAGGGAUGGAAAGAGCGCACUGCACGGUGCACCGUCAGGCGCUAUGGAUCUUGUGUUUCCACGUCGUUUGCAGUUUGUCGUUCGUUGCAGAAAACAUUACGACAACAGAAACUACGAUAGACGUAAAUUUUAUCGAUGAAAAUCAUCAUCAACACGAAGCUGGAUCGAAAUGGUCACCGUUGUUUGAGGAUGGUCCAGGACCUAUCAACGUCACCGCUCGUAUCGGGUCUACAGUGGAAUUAAACUGUAAAAUCCAACUACUUUACGACAAAACGGUGACAUGGGUCCAUCGGAAAUCAGACGAUAUACAACUGCUCACCGUGGGCCGUCAGGUGCAUAGUUCAGACCAGAGGAUAUCGUUGAGCUUCAGAUAUCCUAAUAAUUGGAGACUUAAAAUCGUUUAUAUAACAGACAGAGACGAUGGAGUGUACGAGUGUCAAGUAUCAACACACCCGCCGACCACUAUGAAAACGUACCUUAGAGUCGAUGUGCCCACGGUACGUAUGUCUGUAACUGGUACCGGUGAUGUGACAAGAGGCGGUAUUGACGUUUUCUACAAGACCGGCAGCACUCUAGAAAUAGUGUGCAAAGUUGUUCAUGCUGGUAGCAACAACGGGUCCAAAGUGUCAUGGUACAGGGGACCUCAAACGAUUUUGACCGGUAUAACUGAAAGGACCAGCAAUGAUUCUAGUUAUACGACAAUCGUGUCCAUUCUGAAAAUCAAACAUGUACAGAAAACGCAUUCGGGAAACUACACGUGCUUGGUUGGAUCGCCGUCAGCGUCGGCGGCUGUGAAUAUUCAUAUACUUAACGGUGAACAACCGGCGGCUGUACACGACGGAAAUUCGGGUCCUCUGGUGUGCUGCGUAGCCGGCUGGUGGCUGCUGACUCUCUGCUGUCUGGUGCUGUCCAGUUGAUUCCCCGGUACCGUACAAUAGACGGGUCGUCGUCCAAGACGACUGCAAAGCGAUCAACGCCGCCUCAACAUGAUGAUAAUAUGUGUACAUAAAAAAAUGUGCUCGUCGAUCGCCGAACAACAAUCAUCAUUACCUAAUACAUAAUAAUAUAGAUGAUGACUUUUUGACGAAUCGUUCGGGAUGCUGACAACUUGCACAACUGGACCGUUUUUGCCAAUUCGCUAAAAGACGCGGAAUUUCGAAAUAUUUUAGUAUCGUUGUGUACAUAAAAAAAAUAAUAAUAUGUUAAGAAUGUCCCGCCGAUAGGUAUAUUAUAUAAGUACUGCAUAUAUAUAUAUAUAUUAUGACUGUUUGUGAGUAAUAAUGUAGCGAUCAGAUGACGACUAUAUACUUAUAGAAAUGGGGGAUUGCGGGGUAAAUUUAUUAACUUUGUUUUACGUCGUUACACGUCGGUGACUAUAAUAUUACAAUUGUUUUUACUUAUAUUUGUAUGACAUGAUAUCAACCCUGCAGUCAUUCUAUAAUCUGUAAUAUGAUUACCUACACGCCAAACGAGUGUUCGUAGGUGUUGUGUUCGAAAAAAAAAAGAUAUCAAAAUGUAAUAUCUUUGAACAACUAAAAUAUUCAAUGGCCCAAUAAAAUUAUCGAACGAUGUACGUUUCGACACCUACAAAAUGUGAAUAAUAAAUUAUUAAAGGAUAAUAUUCGUCGUAUCUAGUACUUAUCGUGUUUUAUCAAAAUAUUAAUCUCUCUCGUUACCAAAAACAUUUCACGCGUGAAAUUUCCGACGACAUUAUAAUAAAACUUACUGAUGUACUACCUACAUCUAUCUAGAUAGUACACAUUAAAAGGCGACGUUAACGAUAUAUUUUAUCUCGAUUCGUAAUAAUACGACGAUUUAUCUAAAAUUUACAACUUACAACUUACUCAUCACGUGCAGUUCACCGCAUAUGUCAAAGUUUCAGUUUUUGCGUAGCUAUAUACUAUAUACACUCGAUAUAUUAUAUAUGUAACUGAUAAUACGGUAUAUAGUCAAGGCCUAAUUUAGGGAAAAGGCGCGGCACCCCAAAAGAUUCAAUUAAUAAGAGGCCACACAAAAUACCUUUAUCAGUAACUAGUAGGUCUCGUUGUGUUUUUUUUAUUAAUUUCUCUAAUUAUUUGCCAAAAAUAUAUUUUAUUUUUUUAUAAGUUUUACAAGUGGCGUCUUAAGUGUGUGAGUAAACGAAUCAUUAGAUUGAGAACACUGUCGGGUGAUGCGUCGUAAAUCGUAAUAGUUUUUUAUUUUAAAACUAGUAGUAUUAUUCAGUGUGCGUUGUUUUAAUCAUUAGGUCACUACGUUAAAAACAUAGUUUUUAUUUACCAGUAAAAAUAUUUUCCAGUGUCUAAAAACAAUAUUUUGUUUGUUGCUAUCUAUUUUUUUUCUUCCUUUUUUGUAUCAAUGAUUUAUAUAAACCUGCAGAUAUGUUACUUCCAUCAAGCUUAUCGUUAGUACAAUAAUACAUUUUUAAAAACUUAUGUUUAAGUGUAAAACCAUAUACAUCGUAAAACAUAAUUUUAAAAUCUAAGUUUUCAAGCACAUAAUUCAACUAAAAAACUCUUAAGUUGCAAUAAAAGGCCUCUAUUUUGUAUGAAUCCUAGGGCCCCGAAGUCCUAAAUUCGGCCCUGAAUGUAGACCUCCUAGAAGAAUCUCAAGCACAUGAUGUUAAAAUUUGUUUUGCAUCUAAUGAUUAUCAUCAUGUAAGAAAUAGCAUUCUUGAGUCUUGACUAUAGAACUCGGGUGUUUCUACCAUGAAUGUUGUCAUCGAUAUUUAUUUUCAUUAAAAUAAUGCAUACUCUGCAGUUGUAUGGGUCGAAAACAAAAUUUUAAAAACUUUUUUAUAUCUCAAAAAACAAGUAGGUACUUGACAUUUUUAUUCUUUUACAACGGCUAAACUUUAAGAUUAAAUAAUAUUUGACGGUAUUUCUUACAAAAUCAUCCCGCGAAAUAAUAAUUGUCUCACGAUUUUCGUAUCAUUUUGGGCCAAAAUUGAAAAGACCAUGACACUCCUACCUCAUAUUUUUAUCAUUACAUAGACAUCAAAAAAAUAUGCAGCUAACAGUUAUCAAAAGGUAGAAAGUAUGGGCAUGAUUUUGAUAUGUUUGUUAUUGAUCUACUCCAUCGUUAUUAUAUCCUAAUGGCUAAUGGUGAAAUACUUAAGUUCGAUGUACCUAGAUACACUCAGAAUGCUCUUUUAAUAAUAUCCAUCUUAAGUAUCUAGCAUAUGUUGCAAUGUGUAACAGUAUCCUCUAUAGUUUAUACGAUUUAACAAUUUCUAACAAGGACAUCUAUACUUAUUGUCUUCAACAAAGUUUACUUAAUAAAUAUCAAAUAAAUAUCCGUCACUACCACUAUAAUAAUUCGAUGUUAAAAUAAAUAUUCUACCUGUAUUAUUGUGUCAUUAUAAUUGUAAUACAUUAAUAAUAACCAUAUUUCAUAAUAUUCAUUUAGGUAUAAUAAUAUAUUAAACGCUGAAAAAAACAAAAAAUAUUAUAAACUAUAAGAGUAUGAUACAAAUCAUAUUAACGAUUCGACAUAAUUAUUAUAUAUUAGGUAUAUACCUAUUUAACUAUAAUCGUAUUGAAAAUUUUCAUGAGGUUUUUUUUAUAAUUCUAUAAAUAUAUUGAAUAUUUUGAACACAAUUGGUUGUAAAAACAUUGUAAAUAUUAUUUACAUUCAAUUAAAUAUGUAUAAAUCUUACCCUAUGUAUUUAUGUAUAUUGCUAUUUAAUAUUCAAAAUUCGUUUUAAUUCACAAUACAUUUAAAACAUUAUUUUAUUCCAGUUGUUCUGAGAAAAUUAAUAUGUUCGAAUAAACUUAAAUUAUUAACAUCUAUACAGUUAAUUUAAUGUUAUUUAGGUAGGUAAAAAAGUUAAUACCUAUUUAUUUAUAACUGUAUGUUUUAUUUUCACAUUAGUUUUAUAAAAUUAUUCGAUAUGUAUAUAAAUACAAUUAAAAAUGCCCUUUAGGAGACAUUUUUCAUCAUUUUUUUAUUUUUUUUUCUUACAUUAAGUGCUGUCGACUUGAAUGUUAAUAAUCUUGGUUGUCUCUUUUGUGAAUAAAAAAUUAAAAUAGUUGGUUGAAACUAAAUAAAAUAACAAUUAAAUAGUACAUAUACAAUAGAAAGAACAUGAACGGACAGACAUGCUUGUCAGUAAAUUCAAGGAAACUAUUCAUUUAUAAUAAUAAUUUAUUUAUUCAAGGUGUAUACAGUUCACACAAAAAUAUUAUAAAUAAAUAUGUACCUAUGUAAUAUUGAUUUAAUACCUAUACUUCAUUUCUAAAUAUUAUUUGUGUAAAUAAACUUAUAACUAUAUUUGGUUAUAAAAUUGUUAUCAUCCUAUAUAUUUUUUUUUUUUUUUUACCUAAAAUUUAAUUAUACCUACUAAAAUGGUAAAAAAGUGGAAAGUUGUUAUAAAUAUUAUUAAUUUGAAAAAAAAAGAGUUGAUUAAAAUUUUAUUGUUAUUUAAGUUAAAAAAAAUAUAUAUGUAUGAUUAUGAUAA